AUGGAAAAGCUUUCUUAAUAUUUAACUAAGAAGUUUAAUAAGAGAGCUGCUAAGUAAGAUUUAGUGAAUUAGCGUAAAAUAUAAUCAAACUAACCUACUGAAUUAUAUAUGGAUAAUGGGAUUUCUACAUCGAAAUAUACUCUUUUAACUUUCUUACCUUUAAACAUAAUGGAGCAAUUUAGCAAGCUAGCUAAUGUGUAUUUCUUAUUUAUAGGAUUUAUGUAGAUGAUAAAUACUAUUUCGAUCUCAGAAGGGCAACCAGUUAUUUACUUCCCUCUAUUGGUUGUAAUUGCUAUUUCUAUGGGUAAAGAUUGUUUAGAAGACCUUAAGAGGCAUAAAUCUGACUAGAGUGAAAAUAAUGAAGAAGUUGAAGUUUAUAGAAACGGAAGCUUUAUUAAAUGCCCUUCAAUGUCCAUUUAAGUGGGAGAAGUUUUAAGGGUAAGAAGAGGAGAACAUUUUCCUGCGGAUGUCCUCUGUAUUUACUCAACAGGUAAAAAAGGAGAAGCUUUCAUAGAAACAAAAAACCUCGAUGGAGAAACAAACCUUAAAAAAAAGAUAGCACCUAAAAUUUCAAACAAUUUAACAAUACAAGACUUCGCUUAAUAAUCCUUAACUUUUUAAUAUGAAGCACCAAAUCCUUAUUUGUAUAAAUUCAAUGGAACUAUUAGGAUAAAAGGAAAUCCAGAGGAGGUGUCAGUAAAUGACAGUAAUUUUAUUCUUCGUGGUUGUUCAUUAUAAAAUACUGAAAUGGUUUAUGGAUUAGUAUCUUACACUGGACAUGAAACAAAGAUCAUGCUUAAUUCAGUGAAAGCUCGUCCAAAGAAAUCUAAAGUAGAAGUUUAAAUGAAUGGCUUUAUUGGACUUAUAUUUUACAUAUAGAUCUUUAUUUGUUUCGCUACUGCUAUAAUAUCUGCUAUCUUAUCUGAUUAAAUAUUUAAUAGUGCUGGAUAUUUAUAAAUUUCUAAUAAUGAUGCAGACAAAAAUUUUAUGCUGAAUUUUUUAAUUAAAUGGGGAACUUGGAUUUUAAUUUUUACAAAUUUUGUUCCUAUUUCUCUUCUUGUCACUUUGGAAAUGGUCAAAUUCUUUUAAGGAAAGUUUAUAAGCAGUGAUAGAAAUACUAUGGUGAUAGACCCUGAAGAUCCAACCCACCCACAAGUUGCUAGUGUAAUGUCAUCUAAUCUUAAUGAAGAGCUUGGAUAAGUGUAGUAUAUUUUUUCUGAUAAAACAGGUACUUUAACUUCAAAUGUUAUGAAAUAUAAAUGCGUUUCUAUUAAUGGAAUAUCCUAUGGUGAAAACAGAGAUUUAACUGAUAAUGAUAUUAAACAAUUACCUUAAGUAAAAAAUGUUGAUUUUAGAGAUAGGAGUUUAUUCAAGUAGCUUGAAGACCCUAAGUCUUCAAAUUAUAGUUAUAUAUGUGAGUUUUUAACUAUGCUCGCUGUCUGUCAUUCAGUUAUCACUGAAGUUGAUUCUAAAACAUAAUUAAUUGAGUACAACGCUUCAUCCCCUGAUGAAUUAGCUUUACUCUACUUUGCUAAAUUUGCGGGAAUGGAAUUUACUGGAAUUGAUGAAGAAGAACAAAUGAGUGUUAAAUUCAAAGGAAAAAUAAAAAAGUUUUAACUACUCCAUGUUUUAGAAUUCAAUUCAACCAGAAAGCGUAUGAGUGUAAUUGUUAGAAAUGAGAAUAAUCAAAUAGUGCUAUACACCAAGGGUGCUGAUUCUAUUAUAUAAAAGAGGAUGGCUUAGUGCGAUGAAACAAUAGUUGAAAAAACAUGGGGUAAUCUCCAAAGGUAUGCUUAGCAAGGUUUGCGUACUUUACUUUGUGCAAAAAGAGUAAUCAAAUAAAAAGAAUACGAUGAAUGGAAUGCAUAGUAUCAAGUUGCAUGUGCAGCUCUUGAAGAAAGAGAUAAAAAAAUGGAAUCAUUACAAGAAGUUAUUGAAUAAAAUCUUGAAAUGUUAGGAGCAACUGCUAUUGAAGACAUGCUUUAAGAUUAAGUAGGUGAAACAAUAUCUGUAUUAAAAAGUACUGGAAUCAAAGUAUGGGUUCUUACUGGUGAUAAAGUUGAAACAGCUAUAAAUAUUGGAUAUUCUUGCAAAUUAUUGACAGAUGAUUAAGAACAGCUUGUUGUUGACGGGGAAACAGAAUAGUAAGUUUGUGAUUCUAUUGAAGAUGUUAGAAAAAAAAUAUUGGAGAUUAGAACAGAAGACGAAGAUUAAGCUCCUUACAAAAAAACUCCUAUUGCUUUAGUACUUACAGGAGAUAGUCUUAUACCUUGUAUGAAAAAUGACAAAUUAGUUAGUUAAGUCAUGGAAAUAUCAAAUGAAUGUGAUGUGGUUUUGGCAUGUAGAGUUUCUCCUAAAUAAAAGCAAGAAAUAGUAGCCAUGGUAAGGAAAGCUAAACCUAAUAUAACUACUCUUGCAAUAGGAGAUGGUGCAAACGAUGUAAAUAUGAUCACAGAGGCACAUGUAGGAAUAGGUAUUAGAGGAAAAGAGGGUCAUUAAGCUGCUCGUGCUAGUGAUUUUGCUAUUGGAGAAUUUAAAAUUUUAAGAAAUCUAUUACUUUUUCAUGGAAGAGAAUGCUAUAGGAGAAACACUGCACUGAUAUGCUAUAAUUUUUAUAAAAAUAUGUUACUAGUCAUUCCUCAAUUAUGGUAUGGUAUAAUAAAUGGAUUUUCAGGUACUUCUCUUUAUGAUCCCUAUCUAUAUCAGCUAUACAAUAUGUGUUACACCUCAAUCCCUAUUGUUUUAUAUGCCAUAUUUGAUGAGUAAUUUUCUUAGUAAGAAUUGAUUAAAAUGCCUAAAGAGUACGGAUAAGGCAUGAGAAGUUCUUUGUUUAACAAAAGAUAAUUCAUAUUAUGGCUAUUUAAUGGAUUUUGGCAGGCAGCUGUGUGUUGUUGGGUUAGUUACUUAGGGAUGGAACUGGUUUCAACCUCAAAUGGAAGAAUGUUCUUUUUUGCUUCUUCUGGUAAUGCAUCAUUUGGUGGCUCUGUUAUAAUAGGAAACUUAAAAAUACUAACAUUUAGCUAUACUCAUACUAUAAUGUCGUUAUUGUGUAUUUUUGGUAGCAUCAUCUUCUACUUAUCUAAUCACAUUAUUGUAAGUGUAGUUAGCGCUUAAUCUGAAUUAUGGCAAACUUUUUUUAUAUAAAUAAAAUCUCCUUCUUUCUGGUUAUCAAACAUGGUAAUCAUUACCUUAAUUAUGUCUAUUGAAUGGGCCAUUUCUUACUUUAAAUAUGGGUAGGUGUAUCCAGAAAAAUUUUAUCUUAUAAAAUAAAAACAAAUUUCAACUCCUGAUAAAUAAGCUCUAAUUGCUCCUACAUCUAAUUAAAAUACCAUUCCUAUAGAAAAUAAUAUUAUUAGUUAAAUUGCUACUCCUGCUCUGAAUACUCCAGACAUAACAACUUUACAAGAAAAAAACAUUGACAUUAAUUUCAAAGAGCAAAUAAGCAAUUAAAAACACAGCAUUAUCAUUUCAAUGAGUGAGAAAAUUCCUACGUCAAAAAAAAUAUCUAAAUAAAACAAAUAACAUGAUAUAUCUAAGAGUCAUUAUGUGGAGAGCAAUAAUCCUCCUAUAGUUGUUGCCCGUUCUGUUCGUCAUUAAUUAACCACAUAAUACACUGGAUAUGCGUUUUCAGAGAGUGAAAAAUUUACAGAAGCCAGAAAAAAUAACUAUUAAAAUUGA